AUGGCACAACUGAUACAACUAGAUUUACAAAAUAACUCUUUGAAAAAGAUGAACAAACAAGUUUUCAACAAUAUGUCUAUUUGGAGCUUCGAUUUCAGAAACAACCACAUUUCUCAAGUAGAAGUAGGUGCCUUUGACGGUCUUUACGUAAAACUGGAUUGGUCCGGUACUAAAUUACUCUUGUCUAAUAAUAAAUUGGAAGAAAUUAAUCCCGACGCGUUUACUCUACAAGAUCUGCGCUAUCUCGAUUUGGAUAACAAUUCUAUUUCUAGAGUUCGUCCAGGCGAUCUGGCAAACCUUCCCAAUCUACUCACCUUACGUCUAUCCGGACACAAACUCCAAGAAAUUCCAAACGGCGUUUUCAACGGGUCUUUAAUCUGGUUUCUGGAUCUAAGUUCAACAUGA